CGCACGAGAUACUAGUCCAGAAGUUUCGAUCCCCUCUCCUCUCACUUUCCCGUUUGUUUCUCCUCGCCCCCAUUCCUCCCGGCUCGCCGUCGCCGACGGGACCGCCUCCUCCACCUCCAGCGCAUCCCCACCAACGUCUCCCCCAGACCUAUCUCUAGCCACGACUAAGGCGUAAGGAGGAAGCAAGCGCCCACCUCCCGCCGCCUCCACCGCCACCGCUGUAGCAGCAGUAGCGGACGCAGGAGAUUCAGAGCUGUGUGCUGAACACGCGCGUGGCAGGGAUGGACGACGGCGACAGCGUCGCUCGGAGCGCAGACAAGGACGAUGCCCCCCCGGGCGACGACGGGAGCUCCACGCCGCUCCCUGAGACGAUCCAGAUUGGCAAUUCACCUACCUACAAACUUGACAGAAAGCUUGGAAAGGGAGGAUUUGGCCAAGUAUACGUUGGUCGCCGUAUUUCCACUCCUAGUCUCAUUGACAGGACACCUGGUGCAAAUGCUUUGGAGGUUGCAAUCAAAUUUGAACACCGAACCAGUAAAGGCUGCAAUUAUGGAGCUCCUUAUGAGUGGCAGGUUUACAACACUCUUAGCGGGAUCCAUGGCGUGCCAAGAGUACACUACAAAGGGAAGCAAUCGGAGUACUAUAUCAUGAUUAUGGAUAUGUUGGGACCAAGCCUGUGGGAUGUAUGGAAUAAUAAUUCCCACUCAAUGUCUGUUGAAAUGGUUGCUUGUAUUGCUAUAGAAGCCAUUUCUAUACUGGAGAAGAUGCACUCAAAAGGGUAUGUCCAUGGUGAUGUAAAACCUGAGAACUUUCUUCUUGGACCCCCAGGCACAGUGCAGGAUAAGAAGCUUUUUCUUGUUGACCUUGGAUUAGCUACUAAAUGGAAAGACACUGGUACAGGAGAACUAGUUGAGUAUGAUCAGAGGCCUGAUGUCUUCAGAGGAACCGUUCGGUAUGCUAGUGUGCACGCUCACUUGGGAAGAACUGGAAGCAGGAGAGAUGACCUUGAAUCCCUUGCCUACACACUUGUUUUUCUUCUGCGUGGUCGCCUUCCUUGGCAAGGAUAUCAGGGAGAAAAUAAAGGUUUCCUUGUUUGCAAGAAAAAGAUGGCAACCUCUCCAGAAUCUUUGUGUUGCUUUUGUCCACAACCUUUCCGACAGUUUGUUGAGUAUGUUGUGAACUUAAAGUUUGAUGAAGAACCAAAUUAUGCAAAGUGCAUCUCUCUUUUUGAUGGAAUUGUUGGCCCCAAUCCAGACAUAAGACCAAUCAACACUGAUGGUGCUCAGAAGCUUAUAUACCAGGUUGGCCAGAAGAGAGGUCGCCUCAUGAUGGAGGAGGAUGACGAUGACCAACCCAAGAAGAAGAUCAGGAUGGGGAUGCCUUCAACACAAUGGGUUAGUGUUUACAAUGCGAGGCGGCCUAUGAAGCAGAGGUACCACUAUAAUGUUGCAGAUGGUAGGUUAGCACAACAUAUUUCAAAAGGAAAUGAAGAUGGCUUGUUUAUAAGCUCAGUUGCCUCUUGCUCAAAUUUGUGGGCUCUAAUAAUGGAUGCUGGCACUGGCUUUACUUCUCAAGUCUAUGAACUUUCUCCAUAUUUUCUUCACAAGGAAUGGAUAAUGGAGCAGUGGGAGAAGAACUUCUAUGUCACCGCGUUAGCAGGUGCAAACAAUGGCAGUUCUCUGGUGGUCAUGUCUAGAGGAACACAAUAUGCACAGCAAUCCUACAAAGUAAGUGACUCGUUUCCCUUCAAGUGGAUAAACAAGAAGUGGAAGGAGGGGUUUUACGUCACAGCUAUGGCCACUGCAGGAAGCCGAUGGGCAGUGGUCGUGUCCCGUAAUGCUGGCUUUGUAGAUCAGGUCGUGGAGCUUGACUUCUUGUAUCCAAGUGAGGGAGUUCACCGGCGUUGGGAUAAUGGUUAUCGCAUCACUGCUACUGCUGCUACAUGGGACCAGACAGCACUUAUCUUGAGCAUCCCCAGAAGAAAGCCUGCUGAUGAAACGCAGGAAACCCUAAGAACAUCUGCUUUCCCGAGCCAGCAUGUGAAGGAGAAAUGGGCAAAAAAUCUCUACUUGGCCUCCAUUUGUUAUGGAAGAACGGUAUCAUAAGUUCCAUUUUGUUUGGCUAGCAUGUAGAGUUUAUUUAACGACUUUCAGGUUUGCGAUUAGAUGAUGGAGUUUUGAAGGGCAAUGGUAUUCCUAAUUCACUCAUAAUUAAUAGAGUUGAUAGAUCAUAGAUGGCAAAGCUGCUGUGUUUUCUGUUUACAUAGGUUAUAUAAGAGUGUAUGUUGUGGUGAUGUGUUGUUGUAUUCUCUUGUCCAUAGAAUGUCAAAAAUUGGUGUGAUCUAAAUGUAGCCCAUCAUGCAUAUAGUUCAAAUUAGAUAUUUUGCCCUUGAGGUAGGCAGCCAAAUUGUACAAACUUAGAGCUGUGCCUGGGUGGCCGGACUCUACUGCAUCACAGUUUCUGUGAUCUCCUGUGAUGUCUCAGGAUGUGUUCGAUUGCGAGUAUGAUGAGCUCAUUCUUGGA